UUCUACUUCAUGUCUCAUGGUUUCCCUGCCUUCUAUCGAAAUGCUAGAGGACAGUGCUGCGUCUCUGAGAAUCGCUGUUUUCUUUGUGUACGGUGUGUAGCAAAAUCUUGAUCGGUGACCUUUAUUUCCCCGGGCCUUUCCCCGCUUGCCUCUCGCACGACAAUGCUGCAAUUAAGUCCAUACCAGAGCGCAUGACGUGACAACAUGAAAACUAGCUGAAAUUUUUUUAUUGGGCACCGUGAGGUGUUGCGAAGUCCGUGUACGACCUCUGCUUCACCUCUAUGUCUGCCCUCUUGCGUUUCUGCUUGCUUCUGGAGGAGCGGGUGAUUGCUACGCUUGUGUUUGAGGGCCGUUUCGCCUGGAAAGGCAGUUUCGCGCUUCAAUGUAUCUGCGCUGCCACAAGAACAGAGACACUAAAUCCCGUCUCGUGUUUUACGGUUCCUCCAUUGCCUGCGUAUCCUUCGCUCCGAUGAUUCUUGUUCAGUCUUGAAUAGAUGUAUCGUUCUGAAUCAUUCACUUAAGGAUCUUCAAGGCACGGAUUUUCCUCAGCGUCGACCUCCUGGGCGAUUUGCGGGUUUUGUCCAGCCCUGCGUAACCAGUUUUUUUUCGAGCUUCAAACACCCAUCUGAAAUACGAAGAGUCGUCCCAACGAAAUUUCUACUUGAGGUUGCGAGGUUAUAAGUUGCGUCAAGAGUGGCCUUACGUUGUGGCUGACCGUCGCUUAGCCUCCUUGUAUUUCCUCGAGGCAGCAGCGUGCGCGAAGUUCUUCAGUUGCCGUUUGGUCCCCAGACUACACAGCCGAGGGCUACAUUUCAGGUUUGGUUAUGGUCGGUAGAGACAAAAAGGAGCUGUAAGAGCAUCGAUGCUCUCAUUAUCCUCACGCGAGUCCCACCUCUCGUCGCACACAAGCGAAGAUGGGGCCUUUGAGUCGGUCCGUAGACUCUUCAUUCAGAGGCAGGGUUUUUUGCCUUCAGCCUUCCUGUGCCUGUUCAUUUGCCCUCGCGACAAGAAUGACCAUUUUUGCUAUUACGGCUCUUGACUCUUUUGUGUCUGCUGAUGCGCAUCGGUCUCAGUCACAGUCUCGUGCUUCUUCCGCUGAAUCAGAUGCCUCCGGCAGGCACGAGCACCAAGCGAAUGCAGACAUACAGGAUGACUUUACCGGGGGUCAGCAGAUCCCUCUCUCCAUAGUCGCGUUUCUAGCCUUGGUGGGCAUUGCAGUUUAUCUGUAUCGACUGUUGAAUGCCUCUGAUGAAAAGCAAGAAACCAAUACUAGGGCGUCGUCGAGAUGUCUUCCCCAAAGGAGUGGUCCACAGAAUGAUCCCCAAGCGAGGCGACGGCGGAUGGACAGAUGUGCUCUUGAGAGUAUGAUCGCUGCGCCUCCUGAAGCAGAGCAGCAAUGUGGAGGCGACAAUGGGAGAACCGGAGCUCUGACUCCUCGGGAGGAAUGUCCAGGUGUCGCAACGGCGGUCGGGGCGCUGACGGCAGCGAGGCGGAGACGCGCGGAGCGUGAGGCCCGAAGAGAAGAAAGGCGCCAUCAGCAGGAACAGAGAAACGAGAGAGGGGGAGAAAGCGACGGAGAAGGUGCAGUGGGUCCCGCCGCAUCAAAGAAGGGAGAAAGUUAUCGUCUCCGUCAACUCGAACGCGAGAAGGAAAGAAUACGGAGAGAGGCGGAGGAGAAGCGAAAAGAAGAGGAAAAACGAAAACAAGAAGAGGACGAGUAUAACCAGUGGAAGGCUACGUUUUCUGUGGAGGAAUCUGGCGAGAUGGUGAGGAACGAGGAGGAAGAAAAUCGCGAAGUGGAUCGUUUCAUCAGCUUUAUCAAAGUGCACAAGCUGACGGAACUGGACGAUCUUGCAGCUGAGUUUGGCCUUCUCACCAAGGAUGUGAUCCAGCGAAUUCGAUCUUUAGAAGAGACCGACCGCUUGAGUGGCAUCCUUGACGACCGAGGGAAGUACGUUUAUAUCACAGAACAGGAGCUGGAUGCAGUUGCCGAAUUCCUCAAGACCACAGGCCGAAUUCACAAGGUGAAGGACCUCGUUCCCGCUUGCAACCGCAUGAUCCGUCUGCAUCCAACUGAGGAGGAUAAGAAGGCACUGAAGGAGGAAGAGCGAAGGGCAAUGAACCUGUUCAAACUGGAUGAUGACGUGGAACACUAACCAAAAAUCGGAAGUGCUCAGCAAAGGCGUCAGGUUUCAACUGCAUGAUCCAACGUGUUUUUUUAUAGCGCAUGAACGUUGGUUAUACUGGAAAAGAGAUGUCUCGUUGAUAGGACAACACAACGAGAGAGGUAUUGAACCUGCAGCCAUGUGGAGAACGGUCCUUUGAAUUGUGUGGCUUGAGUUGUGGGGUAACGUGUACGAGAAAAACGUAUUUGUGGUGUUCCGAGUAUUGUCACACGAAGAGCCACGUGCAUUUCUCUCUCCCUGGACUGUUGUUGUUUUGAUUUGUCCCCUUUCGGAGCCAAUAUUUACACAUUUUGUACGUCCUUUUUCCAGACAGUAGCUCACUAGGUCCUGCGACGCAGCAUCUAUACACGACGAUAUGCCAAGAAGGAUCGCAGAUUACCCUGGGGUCAAGUCAUUGCCAUGACGCAAUGGCCAGCGAGCAACACCGGACACGGCAGCAUCCCCAUCAUC